UUGACACCUCACACUUUCCGUAGUUGCCCUAUAUCAAAAUGUCUGCCUCCUCUACUAGCAUCAAAGGAGCAGAAUUAUCCAAAGCAGAGUACCUAAAGCGCUAUUUGUCCAACGACGAUGACGCCAAAAAGUCUAAGGGAAAACUUAAAAAGAAGCGCCGAAAAGUUCCAGGGAAAGGACUUAAAAUAGUCGACGAUGAUGUAGAUUGGAGACAGAUGGUGGCAGAGGAAAAUGAGGUGGAAGAGGACGACGAUGAAGCGCCCGUGAUCGCUGAAGUGAUUGAUGAGCGCCCCGAUGACGUGAGGAUGCUGGAAAUCUUCCGGAGCAGCUCCAGGUGGAAAGUCAUUGGAGAAGAUGAAAAUAAAGAGGACACCAUCCAAUCAGGAGACUUACCUGAGCGGUCAUUGGGCGGAAAAUCCCGACACGACUCUCCUGACACUUCUCCACCAAGGAGAGCUCGCCACGACUCUCCUGACAUGUCUCCACCAAGGAAAAACCGCCACGACUCUCCUGACAUGUCUCCACCAAGGAAAAAACGCCACGACUCUCCCGACAUGUCGCCACCAAGGCAGCAUUCAGGGAAGUCGGGAAAAGCACAAAGCGCACCAGUCACAAGACAAGGUUCAGGUUCCGACCAGUCGCCGCCGAGGAAGAAGCAUCAGAAGGGAAGACGGGAUUCCGACUCGGACCAGUCACCGCCCAAACGGGGGAGGCGCGGCCGUAAUAUGUCAGAUGAUGACCUGUCGCCUCCUCGCAGGACAGGACAAGCUGAGGGCAAUAGUAUGCUCUCUGGCGGAAAGGCGGGUCUGGUUUCCUCGGAUGUUCUACGCAAGGAGAAAGAAGAGGCUCGACGCAGGGACGGGAACAACAAGGAUCUCGAAAAUGCAUCCCGCCACGCUCAGACAGUGUUUCGAGACAAGGGUGGCAAAAAGCGAGAUCUGGAGUCGGAGCGGGAAGAACAGAAAAGGAAAGCCGAAGAAAAAGCAGCAAAGGAUGAAAAAUAUGCUCAGUGGGGAAAAGGGGUGGCUCAGGGUCAGAUGGAGCAGCAGCGUCUGGAGGACGCCGUGCGCGAGGCCCAGAAGCCGCUGGCGCGCAAUUACGAUGACGAAGACCUGGACCGCAUGCUGAGGGAGCAGGAGAGGGAGGGAGAUCCCAUGGCGGGCAUGUUGCGGCGUAAGAAGGAGCGCAAGACGCUCGCGGUGAAAGAAAAACCUCGGUAUAGAGGCCCUCCACCACCUCUCAACAGGUUCAACAUUUUACCAGGAUAUCGCUGGGAUGGCGUCAACAGGUCCAACGGCUUUGAGCAGAAGCGCUACACGAGGAUUGCCGAGAAAAAAGCACUCCAGGAAGAAGCCUAUAAAUGGAGUGUGGAGGAUAUGUAGACACGACGAGACUGUUAACGCGGACUGUACAUAGCGGUGAGCAUCACAGACUGAUGUUGUAAAUAUGACACAAUGUGGAACACAGAUGUUUUUCACAGUUUUUACUGAUAAUUAAAUCAUUUGACUUUGUUAAGAA